UUGAAAAGACAAAAUUGAUUAUUGUUCUUGUUUCUUUAAUCAUUAAUUGUUACCUUUGUUAAUUUUGAUUAACUUUAACUGUUUUUAAUCCAUUUUAAUUAUUCCAAUCUGAUUGGUUUUUUGUUCUUUGACAUUGUUGGUUGUUCACUUAGUCUUUCGGAUUCUAAUAAUGGCUAAGGUACAUUUAAUCAAUGUGGUCGUUUUGGAUAAUCCUGCUGCAUUUGACUCACCUUUUCAAUUUGAGAUAACCUUUGAAUGUCUAGAGGAUUUGAAGGAAGAUUUAGAAUGGAAAUUAAUUUAUGUUGGUUCUGCUGAUAGUGAAGAAUAUGAUCAAAUAUUGGACUGUGUCUACGUUGGCCCUGUUCCUGAAGGUCGUCACAUGUUUCUUUUCCAAGCAGAUCCACCGGAUCCAUCGAAGAUUCCAGUUCAAGAUGCUGUAGGUGUUACCGUUAUACUUUUAAGCUGUUCUUAUCGUAGUAAAGAAUUUAUUCGAGUUGGUUAUUAUAUUAACAAUGAAUAUACAGUUGAAGAGUUGAAAGAAAAUCCACCGGCUCAACCUGAAUUUGAUAAACUUCAACGUAAUAUAUUAGCUACUUAUCCAAGAGUUACUCGAUUUAAAAUUGAUUGGUGUGACGCUGUUGUGUCGGAAGAAAAUGGCGGUGACAAGCCUGAAGAAAAUGGAGCUGAUGAAGAGGAAGAAUUAAUGGAUACUAUGGAAAUGAACUCCGAGAUGGUUAAUGAAGGAAACAAUGGAAUCUCAGUAGAAACGAAUUCAGAUGCAAAUUCUGAGAUGAAUGUCGAACCAAAUAAUGAGAUAAUUUCAGAAAAUGGAAACAAUCAUGAAGCAAAUGCAGAGAUAAUUAACAAAUCUGAACUCACUCUAAAUAACAUUGACUCAACCAGAACACCCGAUGUAACAACUGAAUUACAAACCCAAAAUGAGAUUCCAACUUCGUAACUGUUUUAAUUAAUCGUUUUUAACUCAUAACAUUGAUAUGAGAAGAAAAAAUUUCCUAAAAAAAUUGUAACUUUUCUUGCUGAUUACAUGACCAGCAAUCUAAAGGUGGGAAAAUGUCUUAUGAAAAAACUCACCCACUCCUCCAGUCAUGUAGACACCCUAAAGUAAAGGGAACCGCCAAUAAAACAAAAUCUUUAUCCAUUGUCAUAGAAAAA